CGGCGCGCCAAGUUACGACCAAGGCCCCUGCCCGAUUUGCCUUUUCGUCAACGUCAACGUCAACGACGCAGGACACCCCGACGACGCUCAGGACAAGAGACAUCGGACCGGGGGCGACGUCCACCACUGCGUUCUCUGCUCAACCUGCCAUCCCAACAGAGGUUAUCCAUUUUUCAGUUAUGCCCUGUUCCAUUCAGUUUCGUCGCCACUACCUAGGUUUACUCGAUGCUCCAUCGCACGAAAGUUACACCCAAGUGAAACUACCAAACUCCAGCUUGGUCGUUCCUGAAGAACACUUUCAGGAUACACGCGCCAUCACUUACCGCAUGUCCUGCCAAAUGGAAGAUGCUGUAGAGAUAGUGAUACCCUUCUUGAUGGCUGGUGCUGUCCUUCACUACGGUCCUCUUCGUCUCUUCGCGAGGUAUUGUACAAACGAUGCUACCACGCGGUCUAUCUCAUCUGCUUUCCAUGUCUUCCGCUUGCCUCCCGUAUACAUCGGUCCCUUUUUUUGUUUCCUUUCUUGUUUCUAUCCCCCUAUAAUGUUGUUUCCCCACAUAACCUACACACGGCAGUUGUUUCCAGCUUUAGUCACAGCACACCAACACAGUCUCGUUGAAGCAAUCCGGGCAUGAGCAAUUGCUGGCUGGAACAGUCCAGGUGUUUUAGGCACGCUAUAUGAUAAAUUCUAUGUCAAUGAAUACGUGACAAAGCCGACAGUU